ACUCAAUUUCUUUUUCUUGUUCAAUUGGGUGGAAUGACUAUUCCUUGUUCAAUAUGUAAAAGUAGGGCAAGAUAAAGAAGGGUAUUUCAAAGUCUAGAAGAUAAGAAUAAGGUUGGAUAUUUUUUUAUAAAUUAGUGAAUGAGAUAGGAAUUAUUAAUACCUGCGGAGAAAGUAUUAAUGACUAUUCCUGUCACAUUCCAAAAUCUAAAAAGGAAAAUGAGCAACAUUUCCUAGCUUAUUCCUGGAGUGUCAGGCACUUCAUUUUAUCUUAUUUUAUUCAUUGACCAACAGAUGUUAGGAUUAGUCUACAUUGUAAGUGUUGCUCAAGGGAAGACGCUCUAUACUGAAGUGUUGCUCAAGGAAAGAUGGUGCUGUUGGAGCUGUGGUGUCAAUGCUGCACAGGUGGCAGCAAAUGGAAAGAAGGCUGCACAGGUGGCAGCAAAUGGAAAGAAAGCUGCACAAGUGGCAGCAAAAUGAAAAGAAGGGAGAGCUGCACCAAAGCACGGUAGCAGCAAAGUGCAGCAACCUAUACUGCAAAAUGUUGAUGAAAUGUUCUUGAAAUGAGGCUGAAAUGUAAUGCAAAUGAAAGCAAAUGGAAGGCUGCAAAGUAGCAGCAAGAACAGCCACAUGGAGCCACACAAAUGGAAGCAAGACUUUUAAUGUAAUCUUGCAUUAAAUGUUUUGUAGAUUU